UGUGGGACGCGGUUGCCUGGAGACUGCGCUCCUCCCUGCUCCCUGGCCAGCGUCGGGAAGGCAGGGAGAAAGGGGUAAGAGCGCACCCAGCACCGCCAAAGCCAUGGCCGGACGCCAAAAAGAGAAAGUGAUCCCAGACGAGGUCCACCAGAACCAGAUCCUGCGGGAAUUAUACCUCAAAGAGCUUCGAACCCAGAAACUCUACACACAGUACCACGUGAAUCCCCUCCGCAAAGUUCACACAAUCACCAGAAAGCCCAUGUCUUGGCAUGAUAACCUGGAGGAACCUGCAGAUGCCAGGUUUCUAAAUCUUAUCCACCAUGCUGUCCUCGGGCCAAGAAAGAAAUACACAGAGACACAGACCGAAAGCCAAGAAAUUGGAUGGGACUCAGAGCCCUUGGUCAACCCGGAACGUGAUGACCGCAGGCUGAACCACUUCAGGGUCUACAAUGAUAUCACACUGUACAAAGCUAAAAUGUGGAGCUUGGGAGAAGAUGAUCGCCACAAGUAGUCUUCCAGCGGUGACGGUGGCCCUGUCUUCCAUACCCAACGUGUGUGCAGCUUGGAUGAAUAAAGAUUACUUUCAAGCCUC